GCCUGCGCGCUGCGGGCGGUUUUGGCGGGCGGAGCGCGGAGCAGCGGCAGCUCGGAGGGGCGGCUAAACCGCGGCGGACGGGCCCGCGCCGGAGCCGCUCUCCGCGCAGAGCGGUGGCUGCGCUAUGGGCAGGAGGAGCCGGCGGGCAGCCGACAGCUCGUCCUCGGGGGAGGAGGAGGAGUAUGUGGUGGAGAAGGUUCUGGAUCGGCGCGUGGUGAGGGGCCAAGCCGAGUACCUGCUCAAGUGGAAGGGCUUCUCCGAGGAACACAACACGUGGGAGCCCGAGAAGAACCUGGACUGUCCCGAGCUGAUCUCGCAGUUCCUGCGCAAGGACCGCAGGAUGAGGGACAUGAGGGACAUGAGGGACAGCGAUGGGACACGGCCCCGGGAGCGCCCCGAGGGCGCCAAGCGCAAGGGACUGCCCGGCAGCGAGGACGGGCGCGCCAAGAAGAAGAGGGAGAGCAACGACAUCGCCCGCGGCUUCGAGCGGGGGCUGGAGCCCGAGAAGAUCAUCGGGGCCACCGACUCCUGCGGGGACCUCAUGUUCCUCAUGAAGUGGAAGGACACGGACGAGGCCGACCUGGUGCUGGCCAAGGAGGCCAACCUCAAGUGUCCCCAAAUUGUCAUCGCCUUCUACGAGGAGCGGCUGACGUGGCACGCGUACCCCGAGGACAGCGACAGCAAGGAGCGGGACCCCCCCCGCAGCUAAGCGACCCCCCCCACUGUACAUAGCCCCCCCAUCCAUGGGGACCCCCCCGGGACCCCUCCCCAUCCCACUGUCCCCGUCCCAGUGUCCCCAGGGGCCACCCUGCCCCCCCCCCCCGCAGCCCCCCUGGGGACAGGGGUGGGGUGUCCCUCCCCUUCGGGGUGUCUAAGGGGGGGUCCCCAGCCUGUCCCCACCCCCCCCCCUCCCCGCCACCCCCAGGCAGAUUUGGGGGGGUCGGCCCCGGUUUUUGGUGUUUUUUAAAGUCGGUGUUUUUAGCCGGGGCCCCCCCGGGGUGUCCCCGUGUCCCCUCUGUCCCCGUGUCAUCCCCAACCCCCCCAGAUUUGCUUCCAAUAAACGGUCACUUUUCAGGA